CUGUGGACCCCAACAGACAGUGGCCCAAUAACAAAGGGAUCAGCCGGGAGCAGGCGGAAGCAAUGUGUCGGAAAGCUGUUCAGAAAUCACAAAUCUAUGCUCGCUGUCAGAGUGUUGGAAACUUGGUAUCUAUUGCCAUGGCUGACUGCCUGGGGGAUAUCUUGCAUGGGGGAUUAGUUGCACCCUUAGAGGCGAUCACCUCCUCCUUCACCACAAACUGUCAGCUGAUCCUGGCUGAAACAGGAGAGAACCUGAUUGUGUGUCCCCCAGAGUGUCUGCAACAUGGCAAGUGUGGCCAGGAAGGCACAUGUGAAUGCCAGCUUGGCUGGGCGGGAGAGACGUGCCAGAUAGACCUGGCCAGGGGACCUGUCAUCAGAGCUGUCACAGGUGGAUUCUUGUGUUAUGAAAGCCACCCAACCUGUCAGACUUUUGACUUUUUCAAGACUAAUGUGGACAUUCGGGACAAAAUGAAAUGUCGCCUGCAACCAGUCACUCGUGCCGGGAGGAAGACCGGACAAGCCAUAAUGGUGGACGCCAUUAACGAGUCAGCCACUAAAUUCACUUGCCCACUUCCAAAACCAGAGAAAUCCCUGCAGAGGUAUGUAGUUUCUGCCACAUCCGAUAGUGUCAGGUAUGGCAAUGAGCUGCCCUUGCACCUUUAUGACACCACCUGCAUGCAGUGUGUCGGCAGAAGCUGUAAAAUCAAGAACCUGACCUGCCUCAUCAAAGAUGUCUGCUACCACAAUGGGGACAGAAACAAAGAGAACCAAGAGCAAGUCUGUGAUGUAAAGAUGAAUGUGUCAAUGCUCGGGAUGGAUACAAGCGACAACAGCAAGAUGUGUCAAUGCUCGGGACGGAUACAAGCGACAACAGCAAGAUGUGUCAAUGCUCCGGACGGAUACAAGCGACAACAGCAAGAUGUGUCAAUGCUUGAGACAGAUACAAGCGACAACAGCACGAUGU